AUUCUCCCUAUUGCGAGUCAGUGUACCAUCAAAAUAAGUUUGAAGCUAUUAUUUUAGAGUGAACAAAGUUUGACAAAAUUUGACUUGACAACCUUCCCCCCCUUUGCCCCCCGCCCUCCCCUCCCGGGGCUGCGCGCUCCGUGGGAUCAGAUGGGCGGGGCCCAGAUCCGCACAUCCAACGACAGUGGCGUCCACGUCACAAGUUUACCGGUGGCAUUUGCUUUGACGGACCAUAAAGUAAGACGACAGCAUCCUUUCUCCGGAGAACACAGCGGAGACCGAGGCAAGGCAGGCACCGGACCAGGACCGAGAGGGAAAACGAUCCCGUUGCACUAUAUUAGGCGACAGGCCCGGGCUCCUUUUCCGUCCCGGACAUAUAAAUACAGGUGUUGUAACAGGGUGAUGUGCUGCUUGGUUUCGGCCACGAUCCACUGCUGACGCCACGGAAACAGACACGCUUGCGAUAGCCAGCCUUGGUAAGCCUCCGCCUUACCGAGCCCUGCCUUGCGUGGGAUGUUGGAGAGUGGGCGAGUGGUUCACAAGUGUUUUGGUGCCACUUGGCAACAUUGAGUGGUGUGGCAUAGUCAGUCAUGGGGGACGCUUUCUUCAACUGCUGUUAUGUCCCACCCCCUCCCCCAGGCGAGGAGGAACCCCAAAGAUCCAGACGUACAUCUAACAUGGCCUCACAUUCAGCACAGAUCUCCUCUGACAAGCGCUUCCUCAUCUUCUUUGACUUUGAUGAGACCAUCGUGGACGAGACCAGCGAUGACAUGGUGGUGCAAGCCUCUCCGGGGCAGCACCUCCCAGUCUGGCUCAAAGACACCUACCAGCCGGGCCGGUACAACGAGUACAUGCAGCGGGUGUUGGCUUACCUAGCGGAGCAAGGAGUGACCGAGAGCGACAUCCGUACGAUCAUGGAGAAGCUCCCUCCCACCCCUGGCAUGCUAGCCCUCUUCCAGUUCCUCCGCACACGGCCUCCGCAGGACUUUGAGAUAGUGCUGGUGUCUGACGCCAACAUUUUCUUCAUCGAGUCCUGGCUCCGCCGGGUGGGAGCCCGCCAGCUCUUCCACAGGAUCUUCACCAACCCGGCCACCUUCAACAGGGACGGCCGACUGGUGCUGCGCCCCUUCCACUCCCACGACUGCCAGCGAUGCCCCGAGAACAUGUGCAAGCAGGUUAUCGUCAGAGAUUAUGUGACCCGCAGGACACAGGAGCGUGGGCGACCAUACCAGAGGGUGUUCUACGUGGGUGAUGGCGCCAACGACUUCUGCCCGGCACUCAUCCUGGGGCCGAGGGAUGUGGCGUUCCCACGACGAGACUUCCCCAUGCACCGCCUCAUCACCGAGACCCACGAGGCGACGCCAGGCGAGCUGAAGGCCGUCACUGUACCGUGGGUCAGUGCGGAGGAUGUGGUGCAGCGACUUAGAAAGCUGGUGGCAGAGUAGAAAUUAAACUAUAUGGUGGAUCCUCACCUAUAGUUUUGUGGAUACACACAACUCCCCCCUACAUGUGCAGACACACACACACACACACACACACACACACACACACACACACACACACACACACACACACACACACACACACACACACACACACACUCAAAACAGAGAACAAAUAUAAAAGAGACGAGGUGUUAAUUAGAAAGACACACACAGACAAAUGGGUGUACAAGUUAUAUUCUCAGGUAAAUAAACCCCCAAAACGGAUGAUGAUCCCUCAUUUUACAGGUGUUGAACGUGUACGAUGGUGGAGGUCAAAUCAGUCAUGUGAGCACUGUGAACAAACACUGUUCACAUUGCCUUGUCUCUGCUGCCCAGACUGGAUUCAAGACCAACUUCUCACGUUUUGGUCCAGAGGUCACUUUAGAGACACCAAUAAAAACAUCACUCGGUUAAUUAUUAUGGGAAACCCCACCGCCACAGCAGUGGCCUCUCGGCGUACCGUGUAAGAGAAGGGAGGAGGAGAUUAUAGAUGAACUCAAUAAGUAAUAAUGAGCUCUUCUUAUUGGUUUCCAUUUGUAAAUAGUCUCUCAUUAGCCUUCUUGUUUUGUUUUAAGUGUAAAACUGGGUAAGACAAGUAUUGACCGUAGGUUACGCAAGAACCCUGCUAUACUGUUAUCAAUAACAUAAUGUCAACCAGUUGAAAGGUGAUAACAAAUUGAUUGAAAGUGUUUUUUUUUCUUUUAACGGCACUUUUUCUGUAUAGUGGUAAAUUAUUAAAUCCAAUGAAUUUCGAGUAGCAGGCCAUCUAGUGGUGGCCUCAAUGGUGACAAUAAUGACAUUAAUUGAAAUUAAUGGGUUUAAUUAAUCAACAUUAAUUGACAUUAAUUGAAAGGUGAUAACAAAUUGAUUGAAAGUGCCCCCCCCCCUUAACGGCACUUUUUCUGUAUAACGGUAAAUCAUUAAAUUAAAUGAAUUUAGAGUAGCAGUGCCAUCCAGUGGUAAAGUCUUAGACUCCAUGGUGCUCCUGUAGGGGUUUCAGUCCACACGUGUAUGUUUGUCAACUGUUUUGUGUAUUUUGUGUGUAGGUUAAACCUACUAAAAAUUGAACACCAGCAGGAAUAAAGCCAUA